AUGUACGCCCACCGCCUCCAGUUCUUCCUCCUGCACGCCUGGUGGGUGCUGCUGCAGGCAGGCCCCGCCACGGUGGCCCAGGUACCCCUACGGACACUGGGGCAACCCUCGUCGCCGUCCCCUCUCGCUUACAUGCUGAGCCUCUACCGCGACCCGCUGCCCCGGGCGGACAUCAUCCGCAGUCUGCAGGCACAAGAUGUGGAGGUGGAUGGGCAGAACUGGACCUUUGCUUUUGAUUUCUCCUUCCUGAGCCAAGAAGAAGAGCUGGCGUGGGCUGAGCUCCGGCUGCAGCUGCCCAGCCCCGUGGACCUCCCCGCCGAGGGCCAGCUCACCAUUGAGAUCUUCCACCAGCCAAAACUGGACACAGACAAGGACCCAGGCAACUGCCUGAGGCGUCUUCGGAUGGAACUGUUCACCAUCUCUUUGUCCCAGGUCACUUUUUCUUCCGGCAGCAUGGUCCUGGAGGUGACCAAGCCCCUCUCCAAAUGGCUGAAGGACCCCAGGGCGCUGGAGGAGCAGAUGUCUAGUCUGUCCCGAGAGUGCUGGCCACUCUCCCCCACCCCCCCUGUCACUGGCACCAACGUGCUCCUCAUGCUCUACUCCAACCUGCCCUGGGAGCAGAGGCGGCUGGGUGGCGCCACCUUGCUGUGGGAAGCUGAGAGCUCCUGGCGGGCCCAGGAGGGACAGCUCUCCCGGGAGAGGGUCCUGAGACACCGGCGGCAUCACUUGCCAGACAGAAGCCAGCUGUGUCGGAAGGUCAAGUUCCAGGUGGACUUCAACCUGAUCGGGUGGGGCUCCUGGAUCAUCUACCCCAAGCAGUACAAUGCCUACCGCUGCGAGGGCGAGUGCCCUAACCCCGUGGGGGAGGAGUUCCAUCCCACCAACCACGCAUACAUCCAGAGUCUGCUGAAACGCUACCAGCCCCAUCGGGUCCCUUCCACCUGCUGUGCCCCAGUGAAGACCAAGCCGCUGAGCAUGCUGUAUGUGGAUAAUGGCAGAGUGCUCCUAGAGCACCAUAAAGACAUGAUCGUGGAAGAGUGUGGGUGCCUCUGA